UCUCACAUGUUUCUAAGAGAUUUAUCAAAGAACAGUACUGAUAAAAACUGCAUUAUCAAGAGCUCAGAAUUUACAGAAAACCCUGUUGGGGAAAUAUAUUUAAAUAAAUAAAAGAGCCGCCCCUUUAAUCGCUUGCAAUAAUAAUAAAAAAACAGUUCCCGCAGGCAGUUCAAGCGAUCAACACGCAUUGAGUGAGAAUCAUAAGCAGUGACGAUCAUCGUUUCAAGAUAAUUAACACGGACAAUUAGUGCUGAAACUCUCAGUUAGAGAUAGAGCAUAGAGAGACAAACAUGACAAACGCCAGCUGAAACGCCAGGUGGAAGACGCUGAAGUCGGUGGUUUGGUGGUACAUCGGUCUCCCCUCCAAUAAAAAAGCACCUUUAGCUUAGAGAGUGUGAUCACCAUGCGACGUCCAAAAAUAUCCCUCAAGAAGUACUUUUAUUUCACACUGAUCUGCGCCCUACUCCUCAUAUUCGGUUUCAAUAUCAAAGAGCACGAAAUAUGGAAGACGCGGAGUCCCCGUUCUGCUCUUAUAACUACACAACAGCAGCAACAGCACCUGCAUCAACUGCAAUCCCUGGAUGAGGAGCAUACACAGGUCACAAGCACCACACCGCCACCAGUAGCAUAUGCCACAUUGGUGCCCGAAAGCAAUUUCAAUCUUGUUGAGGAGCCGGAACGGGCGGAACUCCAGGAUGAGGAGGAUCUGGAGGAGAGCGAAGCGGAUAGACAACAAGAAGCGCCACCGGCUAAGCCUUGGUUCUUUAAGAACGGCGAAUACUAUCCAAAGCCGGCCAAAACCUACAGUAAUCGCAAGGCCAGGAAGCGACAUGCUCCCAGGUUGCACCCCCAUCAGGAUCCUCACUCGGAUCGAAUCACCAAUCAGUUGAUGUAUGUGCCGCACAACUAUGAACAGAUCAAGGCCAGCGGCAAGCUUAAGACCAUCCUGCUGUUCAAUGGUCUCGGUCCCUGGAAUGUGAAAAAGGGUCGUGAUGUCUUCCUAAAAGCAAAGUGUCCGGUGGACACCUGCGAACUGACUGCCAAUCGGGAUCUGGUCAGUACGGCCGACAUGAUCCUGUACAAGGAUCACUUUAUACCCACGGGUAUAAGGAGGCCCAGCAACGCCAAGCAGGUCAGCAUGCUGUACUAUCUGGAGUGUCCGUAUCACACGCAGAAUGUCAAGGUGCCCGAUGCCAUCAAUUGGACGGCGACCUACAGACGUGACAGCACCAUUGUGGCACCGUAUGAGAAGUGGCAGUACUACGACACAAAGGUCCAACAACAGGAGCAGGAUCAAAACUUCGCCGUCAACAAGACCAAGAAGGUGGCUUGGUUUGUUUCCAAUUGUGGGGCGAGAAAUGGCCGGCUUCAUUAUGCCCAUGAGCUGCAAAAACAUAUAGAGGUUGACAUCUAUGGGGCUUGUGGCAACUUCAAGUGUUCCCGCAGCACGGCGGACAAGUGUUUCGAAAUCCUCGACAACGACUACAAAUUCUACCUGGCAUUUGAGAACUCCAACUGCAAGGACUACAUCACAGAGAAAUUCUUUGUGAAUGCCCUGAAUCGUAGGGUUCUGCCCAUUGUGAUGGGCGCCCGACCCGAGGACUACGAGGUGAGUGCACCUCGUCGCUCCUACAUCCAUGUGGAUGAGUUCGCUUCGCCCAAGGAGCUGGCAGAGUAUCUGCACAUCCUCGAUCGCGACGAUGAGUUGUACAACUCGUAUUUCAAGUGGAAGGGCACUGGUGAGUUCAUCAACACGUACUACUGGUGCCGCGUCUGCGCCACCCUGCACAACGAGGAGCAAUUGCGGAAACCGCGAUGGUAUAGUGACCUUAACGAUUGGUGGCGGGGCGCGGGUGUAUGUACGACGGGUUCCUGGCGGAACUUUAAGGCGCGCAAGGAUGUCAUUAGCGACGACUGAGUACGAGUUGAGGAGUCAAUCCAGAUUGUGGGCUUGGCCAUUGCUGCAUAGAUCACACACAUCAUCAUCAUCUUCAGUGAGUCCUUCUUCGCUUCUGAAUUGUUGUUAUUUUGUAGAGGAUAUCAUGGUCACCAUCUCGACUUUUCAUAUUUUGCUAUCACUAUCCCAGGAUGGGUUCUUAGUUGGUUUUGAGAUGGAUAAUUAUAAUAGGUGCAAUAUUUCUAGGUUUAGUUACCUUUGGGUUCAAUAUCCUAUCAUUAAUUUUAAAUUAUAUAUAUUUAAUGGGUUUAUCUUUGUAAAAAGUGUGUGCCAAUUGAUUUAAGUAUCAUUUACCGUGAUUUUAUAACAUAAUAUAACUUGUCUCUCAACUUGUUCUUGUGAAAUUCAAAGCUUUAAUAUAACUUCUAUAACUUUUACCAAAAGUAACAAUAUCGCACCUACUAUAUUUCUAAAUCAAACAAAUAAAACCCAUCCUAUCCUUCGCUAAUCAUCUGUAAAGAGUCGCUUCGUUUUAGCCGGUGUUUUACGUAAAUGUUUUUGUAGUUAGUUAGUAAGUAAAAAAAACGAGAGGAUAAGGAGGAGGUUUAAACACUAGCCCCAUAGACUAAAGAAAGAUCCCCGUGCUGAUCGUUGUAACAUAUACAAUACCAACCAGAGACGCAUAAGAGAAAACCUAGAAACCUAGCCUAUAGUUAUUAUAUACGGAUAUACAAAUGAUAUACAUAGAUCGAUAAUUUAUAUACAUAUAUAGUUGUUUAAACACUAAAAUGCAAGUCCAACAUAGAGCAUAAAAAAUGAGAGGCAAGCAAGUUACAAGUAGUUCGAUAUUAAAUAGCCUAACUGAGCCAUCAGCUAUAUAGUCUAGAUCUUUUGUAAGUGUUUUUUGUAAGCUGCAAUAUUAUAUAUAUUAUUAUUUUGACUGUAUGAUUUUCUUUUAACCUAGUCCUGGCUUUUAGUUGAAACGUUAGCAGCUGUAGUUAGAGCUACUUGAAACGGUUUCCCCCGGCCUGUUGACUUAAACUACUUAAUCUAGAACGGAUUCGCACAAGCCAACAUAUACAUAUAUUUAUAUAUAUAUCUGAUCUAAUACAAAUACAAAUCUGCAUUCCUAUUUUGUCACAAAAUAUCAUACAUUUAUGGCGUAUUACAGACGCUUGCGUGUAUGUUUUUACACAUUUUUUUGUUAGCAAUAUUUGUGUGUAAUUAUUGUGAAAACAUUUAUUUUAU